AUGAUCAGUGAAACUAUUAUUGCUCUUAUUAUUAUCGGCUGUACAGCUAAUAAAGAAAGAAUUAUUUAUAAGGAUGGUGUUUUUUCAAAUGGAUAUCAAGCCAAAGAAUCUACUGGAUAUAUUUCUACUACUUCAGAGUAUCACAACCAAAUUGUUAUUUCAGUUACGUUAUCAAAAAAUAAAUAUGUUAACUUCAAAACUAAUUCAGUAACUGAUUUAUCUCCUUACAAAUACCUUUCAUUUAUUGUUUCUUGGGAACAAGAAGGAGUUAACCUUGGUCUUGCUGUUUCUAUUGGAAAUGAUGAUUCAAUGAAACAAAUUCCAGUAACUUCAGGAAUGUCUGUUAAUAAGCUUAACCGUGUAUAUGUUGAUAUUUCUUCAUUAACAGCUAAUUCAACUAAAGACAGCCUUGUUAGAAUUUUCAAAACAGAUAAAACAGAUUCAUCUAUUUACUUUAAUGAUAUUAAAUUUACUGAAGAAAAAGGAACAGAAGGAAUUUAUUCAUUCUCAACUGAUAUGGAUGAAACUGAUGGAACUAAAACCUGUUUCAUUGUUUUAUUUAUUGCCAUGCUAUUUAUGGCUCUAUAA